GUGUGUUUGUGUGUAUGUAUGUGGGUGUGUGUGUGCGUGUGUGUGGUGUUGCCUUGACUUGUGCGUGUGUUUCUAUUAAGGUUUGUCUUUCUCAUCUCUAUAAACAGGCCAUCUGAUCCACUCAUCUGCUUGUGUGUGUGAGAGAGUGUGUGUUCAUCUACAUGUGUGUGUGAGAGAGUGUGUGUUCAUCUGCAUGUGUGUGUGAGGGAACUGGACUCAUCAAGACACUGUGUUCCAGACCAGGAUGAAAACUGUCUUGGGACUAGUGCUGCUGGCUGCAUCUACUCAUGCUCUGGAUUCCAUGUGUGAUGCUACUCAGGAUGCUGCAUGUUAUGGGGCUCUGGGAGGACCUGUGUACCUGCAGCUGAUGAGGGACACCACAGGACAUCGUCUGAACGUCCAUUAUGAAGGUGCACCUGUUGUUAGAUUAAAAGGAUCUACAGCAGUGUUCUAUGAGGAGUUCAACACCCCAUCAUUCCUCCAGAGGUGGCAGUUUGUUCCUGAUAACGGGACCAUGAUUAUCAACCCUGCAGAGAGCAGAGACGCAGGAACAUACAGAGUGGUGACCACUAACGAGACAUCAGGGAGAUUAGUGGGACAACACACAGUACAGCUGACCAUAGAAGCCCCUGUGUCUGAUGUGGACCUGUCAAUCAGCUGUUCAUCAGCCAAUGGGGAGAGGAGUGUGAGGUGCUCCUCCAAUGGGGACAGUCCUCAGUUCAGCUGGUCUCUGGAUGGGAGGCCUCUGGGUGAAGCUGAUCUCAGUUCAGAUAACCAGACUCUCCUGCUGAGGGGGGAUGUGACUGGACAACUCACCUGCAGCGUCAGGAACCACGUCAGCAGCACACACACCACCAGACUGAUGGAGCUCUGCUCUGCUAACCACAACCUCCCCUCGGUGUCAGUCACACCACAGCGCCUGGUCUCAGUGAUUUUUAUGUCAUACUUCCUGGUGUUCAUCCUGGUGUGUCUGUGUGUUGCUGCGUGGAUGUUCUACGUCUGGAGGAAAAGGAGAAAUACACACACACCAGGUCAGAAAGCCUCCGACACACACACACAACACUGUGAGAAAGCAGAGGCGUAUGAGCUGGAGUAUGUGGAGAUGUCGGCUUAUAAGUGUCGGCCUCCAGCUGACACACACACACCAGCAGAGACAGUGGUGGAGGUGGAGGCAGUGGAGAAUGGAGUACACACACACACACCAGCAGAGACAGUGAAGGUGGUGGAGUACGGGGAAGUGCGAGUACACACACACACACCACCCAGCACUGACACACACACACCUGCACAGCAGGACAACAGUGUGUAUGAUCACGUGCACCCACGACAGUGAGGGCUGUGCCAGUGUGUGUGUGUAGCAUGUAGCACAUUGUGUGCGUGGGUGUGUGUGUGUGCAUGUGUGUG